CGUAGCUGUCAGUAGGAAAUACAGGCUGUUCGUGUCUGCCGAGCCCCUGCGGCUGUGCCUGGACAUCUGAUCACAGAAAGUCGGCCUAUUACAAAAUGAAAAUUAUCACUUACAGACUCGCUUGACUUUGGUGAGAAUGCGUCGAACAAGUGCGCAUGUGUAACCGCGGUACCGAGGCAUCCCGCUAGCUAGCACGGCUAACAGAAACAGAACACUAUCGAGGCUAAUGCUAAUAGUUAAAUAAGCUAACUUAGCUAGCUGUUAACUUAGCUAGCUAGCUCACGGAUUGCGGGACGUUUGUUCUCCCAGCUCAUCUCCCCGUUCAGCGGUUCCUGCCCCUGUGUCGCCUUUUCGUGUUCUCAUUAAUUGGAUAAGGUUACGGAACCGGAGCUGUGGCGGGGGGACGAGACGACAGGAACCCCCUGGCUGGCUAUCCAGGCGGACCGAUCACAGUAACACGCCGGUGUGGGAGAGAGUGGAACCAUGGCUGAGCUUUCCACCUUAUCCCCAUCCCCACCUGCUUUGGGUGAUCCUCAUGCAGCUCCAUCUAUCCCUCCGUCAUCACCAGGGCUUCCUCCACCUAACAGCACUGCUACAGAGUCUCCCAGGGAGGUGUCCAUACCCAAGUCUUCCCUUUUUAAUGACAAAGCUUUGAGUGGAAAAACUUCUGCAGUACUGGCAGGGGGGUCUCCCUUGAAUCCCCACCGAUCCUCAAAUCCUCCCGACCUCACAGCUGAGGCUCCCCCUCUAUCAUCGGUACAGCAGCCUGCUCCAGGGAAUGAAGAAUCAGCAGGAAAGCCACCAGCUCCGAGCGAAGUGGCACAGGCGUCCCCCUCUCCUGAUCUAAAUCCUGGUCCUAACCUGCAUGUCACCUGUAACCCAAAUCCUGUUGUAGAAGAAGCUCCACAACCCCAGACGACUGCAGGUCCCAAUCCCGCACCUGCUCCUCCAGUCUUAUCAUCAUCAGCAACAGCAGCUGAAGGAGAAAAACCUCAGCCGCUCCAAGAAGCACAAAAUGCUCCAAACGAGCCUCCACCUUUGUACCCAAAGCCUGGUACUCCCAAUGAAGCCAGGAUGGGAGAACUGCCUGCUACUCCUACCAGAGCUGAACCCCACAGCCCACCACUCCCCCUGAUCCAAGAGCCACCGUUGUCCUUCGCUCUACCCAAACCCCGGCCGGCACCAGACACCCUCAGUUACCUUGAGUCAGCCAGCCUGAUGUCGGGAACUUUGGAGUCUCUGUCUGGACUGGGAGAAGAUGGCAGCUCCGUGGGGUCAGAUUCAGAGAUUAAUGGCCUAACUGUCAGACGCACUGACAAGUAUGGCUUCCUAGGUGGGAAUCAGUACAGUGAAGGGGGUGAAAAGGAAGUUCGAGUUGAAGUUGCACGACAGCGGGAGAUGAAAUGGAUUGACAUGUUCUGCCACUGGGAUAAGUGGGUCAAACAUCGCUUCCAGAAGGUGAAGCUGCGCUGUAGGAAGGGGAUUCCAUCCUCUCUCAGAGCAAGAGCCUGGCAGCUGCUGUCCAACAGUGAGGAGCUUCUAAGAGACAACCCUGGGAAAUUUGAGGAGCUGGAGAGAGAGCAGGGAGAGGCUAAAUGGUUGGACAUUAUAGAGAAGGAUCUCCACAGGCAGUUCCCCUUUCAUGAGAUGUUUGCUGCUCGCGGUGGCCACGGGCAACAGGAUCUGUACCGAAUCCUCAAGGCCUACACCAUCUACCGGCCCGAUGAGGGUUACUGCCAGGCCCAAGCGCCGGUGGCUGCAGUGCUGCUCAUGCACAUGCCUGCAGAGCAAGCGUUUUGGUGCCUCGUCCAAAUAUGUGAGAAAUAUCUUCCUGGCUACUACAGUGCAGGGCUGGAAGCGAUUCAACUUGAUGGCGAGAUCUUUUUCUCUGUGCUGCGUCGCACGUGUCCAAUGGCGUAUCGUCAUCUUAAGAAGUUCAAGAUCGACCCCAUUCUCUACAUGACCGAGUGGUUCAUGUGUAUCUUCUCGCGCACUUUACCAUGGUCCUCUGUCCUGCGUGUAUGGGACAUGUUCUUCUGUGAAGGAGUGAAGAUAGUCUUCCGUGUCGGCCUGGUGCUACUGAAACAGAUGCUUGGUUCUGUGGAUAAACUUCGGGAACUUCAGGGCAUGUAUGAGACCAUGGAGCGUCUAAGAAACAUCUCACCCGACACUAUCAGAGAGGACAUAUUGGUACAGGAGAUCGUCGCUCUCCCAGUGACUGAGGCACUCAUAGAGAGAGAGUGCAACAUUCAGGUGAGGAAGUGGAGGGAGUCCAGAGGGGAACUUGUGCACCAGCCCGGACGCCGCCUUCACGGCACAAGAGCUAUCUUUGAGUACAAACGCAGAGCUGCUUCCAUCAGCUCUGGUGGAAGCUUCUCUUUCCUAGGAAGCUCGAUCCCACCACCAGGACCCCUCAGGGCCUCUUCCAGUCUGCUGUCACUCCCUGGCUUCCGCAAAUCUAAGGCUCCUUUCCACUCCCACGCCAAGAAGGGCUCCUUCUCAGGGCCGUCAGGAUUUGAGGGUUUUCCACCUCCGUCACCACCCGCAGUAACAUCGAGCUCGAACCGAGGGCCCAGCCAGAAACCACCUAUGCCCCCAGGGGCAGGUCAUAAGGCAGCACCACAGAGCCCCUUAGUAUCAAAUGUGGCUAGUUCAUCUCAUGGUCCUGCUCCAGCCUCAGAGAGCACAUCAGCACAGGGCGAGCCUGCUUCUUCGGCCCCAAUGCAAAGCACACCACAACCCCCCGCUACUCUGGCCCCCUCUCCUAAGAUCGUCUCGGAGCAAAUUACUCCCACUAUCCCGUCUCCUACUGCAAACAACACCCCUCUGCCCCCAUUACCAGAUUCAAAAAAAGAAACGGCACCUCCAUCAGCCGAUGCCGCAAAUGUGGAGGAAGAAGGAAAGAAGAAGAAGAAAAGCAAAGAGGACAAGAAGAAGGAGAAGGAAGAUGAGAAGAAAAAACAGAAGGAAAAAAAGGAAAAAGAAAAGGCUGAAAAAGAGAGGCUCAAAAAAGAGAAAGAGAAGCUAGAAAAAGAGAAGAAGAAGGGGGGCAAGAAAAAAGACAAAGGAGGAGGAGGAGGGGAUGCAGAGGACAAAAAUGGAGCUGCAGCAGCGAAAGAGUCGGCCUAAUUUUCCACCUCGUCAUUCCAGGAUAACAAAAAAAGGGAGGCUGAACAAACAAAACAACACAAAAAAAGAGGUCAGGGGAACAAAAGAUCCCCAAAAACAGUGACUGAUAUAAAAAUGGGAUGGCUUCCUAUAUAAUGCAUCAUUUCAAGGAUUUAAAGUAGUCUAAGGACUAUGUUGGAGAAAACUGGAUCAUGGUUUCAACAGCACUUUUUGCCUCUCGUGAGAUGGGACAAAAUUUCCUUUUUUUCUUUCUUUUUUCCCCCAACUGGAGCAUGGACUGUGAAACUUUUUUUUAAUUAUUAUAUAUAUAAAGGAUUGCAGUCACUUUCUGUUUUAGUUUUUUAAAUUCUUUUUUUUCCUCUUCUUUUUUUAAUUAUUUUAAUCAAACUGAUGGCAGUGGUGUGAGGAAAAAUCAUCUCAAACGCUUGCAGAAGUUGUUACGGUGCCAUAGAAAAUGUAAAUAAAAGGUCUACCUACGAUACAUAGGAUCGUGUUAACACUCCAUAUGCCCCGUCACGUCUCAUCUGAUGAAAAGGGUUAUUUGGGGGAGGGGAGAAAACGAAAAUAAAUCAUUUAAAGUCUCAAACGCAGGCACUGAAGACAGAAAUGCUAGUAAUAUUGUUGAGGAUGUAUUUAUUGUCACGUUUAAUGUUGUCUGUGCCUUAGUAGUAUAGUGAAAUGUGUCAAUGUGCUUUGUGUGGCCUCCCUUUUUGUUUUAAAUCAAACUACCAUUGAAUCCCUUCUGUGUUUUCAAACUUUUACUAGAUUAGAUAAAAAAAAACAACAAAAACAAAAGAGGGGGAAGUAGAGGAAAAACAGUACCUUGUAGUCUUGUAGUGACGGCAGUGUUUUAAUGGGUCACUCUUUUUUUGUUUUUGUUUUGGAUAAGCAGGUAAUGUUUUUAUUUUAGGUUUUAGGGUUUUCUUUUUUCUUUUUUCAAGGGUUAAAAAAAUGAGGUACAACAUUAUCAGUAAAUUGCUUGAGUGCUAACAUGCAAGCAGUAUCUGUGCACAAGUCCUGCAGACCAAAUAUCCUUCUGUGAGUUUAGUAUUAUUUCAGUUUCAUUGAACAAAAUAGUGUGCACAGGUAUGGGUUCCUUAACUCAUUAGAAUGUGAUUUCAAGUAUCGUAAGAGAAUGAAGAAUUUUUCUUUUCUUUUUUUUGUUUGUUUGUUUUGGGUUUUUUUGCACUUGUCAUUUUGUCACAAAGCACCACUGAAGGUGACCACUCCUUUAGUGCGGUGACAUGGAAAACAAGCGUCUCAGCAGGCUGGUUUCAGCCUUGUGGACCUAUAGGAAGCCACUUGACUGGAGGUGCCAGGUGUGCCAAUGUAGCAUUAACCUCUGAUCUUUGACCUUUUGGGCUCUGAUGUAUUUAUGUAAAAAGUGGUUAAUUUAAUCAAAUAUAGUAUAUUAUGAAUUAUUAUUAUUAUUUUGGAUCUGAGUAUUUUUCUAUCUAAGAGACACCUGGUUGACUGGAAUGGAGGCUGACUACACAGCGUAGUUGCAGAGGAACUAUUCAAAGUCUUUUAUUUUUAUUUCAUAUCUUGUUUUCUUUUUUCUUUUUGCACAUUAAGUCUUCAGCUUCAGCAAACUCAAUGCAUGUCUUUUGGUUUACUUUCACUGUUGGUUUGGUCAGCUUAGGUUCACGAGUCUCCAGUUUACUGAAGUGCAGUAUUAACAGACUUGAGUGUGGGGGGGAAAAAUGAGCCUUAGACUUGAGAGAACAAACUUUAGAACGACUGACUUUGGCAGAAUAUUUAGGAACUGAAGGUCUUUGUACUGUGUCAUAUACUAAAAAGUGGUUUUUAAUUGAACAUCUUAAGUACUUCUGUCUCACCAAGUUGUGUUGUAACAUUCAUAAUGACUUAUGGACUAACUCCCUAAUGUAUUUACACUCAAUGUUCUGUACUGUAACAUAUUUAUGCAUACAUUAAGUGGCGCUGAACCCUGUCAGUAUAUGAUGAAUAGUGCCAGGUAGUUAGUGUAAACCAUUUGAUGGCAAGAAAAACAAACAUCGAUGCUCUUUAACUGUACUGUUUGGUAGUUGAUGAUUAGAGGGACUUUCGUGUACUUGUAGCCAACAUGUCCUCCAUAUUCAUUGUUUUCCCACUUGUUUCAAGUCUUCACAGGGCUGUCAUUUAUAUAUGAAUAUGAAUAUCACACACACACUCUCUUUCCCUCUUCUGUUUCGACGGCAGCGCAUCAUAGGCACAGAUUAAGUGUAGUGUUUAGUGUGGAUAAUCUGAACACAUCUAUGCAAACUUUGCAUGUGUCUACGUGGUGACAGCAGCACUGAUUUUACCUCGUGCUGAUCUGAGUGGUGCCGUCAGGGGGGAGGAAAGGAUUUUGUGCUUCACCACAUGUUUUUGUUUUUUUUCCUGUAACACUUUCAGGCCCGCGGAUUAUGGUAUUUAUGAGCAAUAUGUCCUCGCAGCUCACAUCUGGAUGAUGGUGUCGUUUGUCUUUGUUCAGGGAGCUGGAGGUGACGUGAUGAUCAAAUGAAUCUGGCACUAGCUGCUCUUUGCUCUGCUCUGCAAUAGUGACAAAGCCUAUUUGUAUCAAGUCCUUUGUGCAUUUCUCCAUUGACCCUGAAGCUGUAAUUCUUAAGUACAUUUCAUUGGGAAUAACUCAACUGAUGCAAACAUUUCAAAAAAGGAAAAUGUCUCAGCUGUGUGGGUUUUUUUUUUUCUUUCUAUGCCGUUACGUCUUUAGUGUCUUUAAGUUUACAUGUCACUCUCUUCUCUGGCGAAAGUGAAAUAAAAUCAUAGCUAAUUGAAUUCAUUCCUUCAGAUCUGCAACUGUUGUAUUUAUAAUUAAUGAUGAUAAUGACAUUUGUGAUGAGUAAUAAACCAUAAUAUAUUAAAUCA